AUGCCUUCCACCAACGGAAUCAACGGCGCCAAGGUGCUCGACUCCAAGUCCGCCCUCCAGGUCUUGAAGGAGUAUGAGAGCCGCGAUGGCCUCGACAUCUACGAGCUCAUGGACACCAAGAAGCACGGUGGCCUGACCUACAACGACUUCUUGCUCCUCCCCGGCUACAUUGGCUUCCCCGCCUCCGCCGUCGUUCUCGACUCCCCCGUCACCAAGAGAAUCACCCUCAAGACCCCUUUCGUCUCCUCCCCAAUGGACACCGUCACUGAGCACGAGAUGGCAAUUGCCAUCGCUCUCCAGGGUGGUCUGGGUGUCAUCCACCACAACUGCUCUCCUGAGGAGCAGGCCGACAUGGUCCGCAAGGUCAAGCGUUACGAAAACGGCUUCAUCCUGGACCCCGUCGUCAUCAGCCGCGACACCACCGUCGGCGAGGCGAAGGCUCUGAAGGAGAAGUGGGGUUUCGGAGGUUUCCCCGUCACAGAGUCCGGCAAGCUCGGCUCCAAGCUGCUGGGUAUCGUCACGAACCGCGACAUCCAGUUCGAGGAGGAUGUCAACCAGUCCAUCUCCAAGGUCAUGGUCACGGACCUGAUCACCGCCCCUGCCGGUAUUGACCUCCCCGAGGCCAACAAGAUCCUGGCCAAGUCCAAGAAGGGCAAGCUGCCCAUCGUUGACAAGGACAACAACCUCGUCUCCAUGAUCUCCCGCUCCGAUCUGAACAAGAACCAGCACUUCCCCUGGCUUCCAAGCUGCCCGACAGCAAGCAGCUUCUCUGCGGACAAGAACCGCCUAAAGCUCCUCGUCGAUGCCGGCCUUGACGUCGUCAUCCUCGACAGCUCCCAGGGUAACAGCAUGUACCAGGUCGAGAUGGUCCAGUGGAUCAAGAAGGAGUUCCCCGGCCUCGAUGUCGUCGGCGGAAACGUCGUCACUCGUGAACAAGCCGCCACUUUGAUUGAGGCUGGCGUCGACGGUCUCCGCAUCGGUAUGGGCAGUGGUUCCGCCUGCAUCACCCAGGAGGUCAUGGCCGUCGGUCGUCCCCAGGCUGCCGCCGUCCACUCCGUCAGCAGCUUCGCCGCCCGCUUUGGCGUUCCCUGCAUUGCCGACGGUGGUGUCCAGAACGUCGGCCACGUCGUCAAGGGUCUUGCCCUCGGCGCCUCUACCGUCAUGAUGGGCGGUCUCCUGGCCGGUACCACCGAGUCCCCCGGUACCUCCUUCGUCUCCCGUGAGGGUAAGCUCGUCAAGGCCUACCGCGGCAUGGGCAGCAUCGACGCCAUGCAGGACAAGAAGGCCGGCAACGGCGGCAAGGACAGCCAGAAGAGCAACGCCGGCACUGCCCGUUACUUCUCUGAGGGCGACAGUGUCCUUGUUGCCCAGGGUGUGACCGGUUCGGUUGCCCACAGAGGUCCCAUCGGCAGAUUCAUCCCCUACCUGGCUGCUGGCCUGAAGCACUCCAUGCAGGACUGUGGUAUCCAGUCCCUCAAGGAGCUCCGCGAGUCCGUUGACAACGGCACCCUCCGCUUCGAGCUCCGUACCUCCAGCGCCCAGAUGGAGGGCAACGUGAACAUGGAGUCUUACGAGAAGAGGCUCUUUGCCUGA